AUGCCACUCUUGUCCGCAUUCACACCUUUGUCUUCCUCCGCCUCCAGCAACUCUGAAGAGGAUGCUCGGCCUGGUCGAUAUCUACUGAUUACAUCUUCAUCCCACUCCUGGUCAUACCAACAAUGGGCUUUAUGCGUUCGGGUAGUUGGUACUCUUCGAGGUCUGGAAAUUUUAAUUCUAGCCAAAGCGCUUGAGGCAGAUAGACGCGAUGCUUCUCCGAAAAUGUCUGAACAAACAAGUCAUAGUCUGAAUAUGCUCCUUGCUCUUCUGGACAUUUAUUUUAGCAUCCCGUCGAUGAUCUUGCAACAAUCUUCGUGA